AUGGUGAGGGCCCUGGGAUUUUAUUUUUCCUUUGAUGUACUGAGAGAAGAGGCCCGUGAAGUGGCUGCUGCUGUGAAGGUUCCAGGAUCCGCCUCUGGUAACAACUACAUUCUUCUAACACUUGAAAAGCAUGGAUCUCACCCAGUGUCUCUAUAAAAUUGGAGAGCAGCUGGGCAGUGACGACCUGGCUGCCCUCAAGUUCCUAAGCCGGGACCACAUCCCAUAUAGGAAGCAGGAACCCAUUAAGGAUGCCUUGAUGCUAUUCCAGAGGCUCCAAGAAAAGAGAAUGUUGGAGGAAAGCAAUCUGUCCUUCUUGAAGGAGCUGCUUUUCCAAGUGAAUAGACUGGAUCUGCUGCUUAACUACUUGGACACCAGCGAGGAGGAGAUGAAGAGGGAGCUUCAGAUACCUGGCAGGGCCCAGAUCUCUGCCUACAGGAUCCUGCUUUUCCAGAUUUCAGAAGAUGUGAACAAAGUGGAAUUGAAGGACUUUAAGUUUUUUUUGAGCCAGGAGAUUGCCAAAUGUAAGCUGGAUGAUGACAUGACUUUGCUUGAUAUUUUCGUGGAGAUGGAGAAGAGGACCAUCCUAGGGGAAAAUAACUUGGACACCCUGAAAAGAAUCUGUGAGCAGGUCAACAAGAGCUUGCUGAAGAAAAUCUAUGAUUAUGAAGAAUUAAGAAAAGAUUCAGAGAGAAUAAUGAGACUUGAAAGAGAUCCAGAUGAAUUUUCAAAUGAUAUGUCACAAUCGCUUCCAGAGGAGGGCUCCUCUGAGAUGCUGGCCAUGUCAGACUCUCCAGGAGAACAGGGCAGUGAGUUGCAGACAUCCGACACAGUUUACCGAAUGACAAGCAAACCUCGGGGAUACUGUUUGAUCUUUAACAAUUAUGAUUUUAGCAUAGCACGGGAGCAGGUGCCCGAACUUCACAGCCUUAAGGAUAGGAAUGGAACACACUUGGAUGCAGAGGCUUUGGACAAGACCUUUCGUGAACUUCAUUUUGAGAUAGUGCACUACAGAGACCAAACAGCAAAGGGAAUCUGUGAGGCUCUGAAAUCCUAUCAGAAGAAGGACCACAAAGCCAAAGACUGCUUCAUCUGCUGCAUCCUCACCCAUGGAAACAAGGGCACCAUCUAUGGCUCCGAUGGGCAAGAAGCCCCCAUCUAUGAGCUGACCUCCUACUUCACUGGAUCAAAAUGCCCUUCCCUUGUUGGCAAACCCAAAAUCUUUUUUAUUCAGGCUUGUCAAGGGGAUAAGUACCAGAGAGGAAUAGCUGUUGAGACCGACUCAGAACAGAUGGAAGCCUAUUUAGAAGCAGAUUCAUCACCUCAGAAGAGAUAUAUCCCAGAUGAGGCUGACUUUCUGCUGGGGAUGGCCACUGUGAACAACUGUGUUUCCUACCGAAGCAUCUUGAAGGGGACCUGGUAUAUCCAAUCACUUUGCCAGAACCUGAGAGAAAGAUGUCCUAGGGGUGAAGACAUUCUGACCAUCCUAACCAAGGUGAACUUCGAAGUAAGCAAAAAGGAUGACAAGCAAAACAUGGGCAAACAGAUGCCACAACCUACUUUCACACUGCGAAAAAAACUCUUCUUUCCUCUUAAUUGAUGCUAUUGUUUAGUUGUAUAACUAGACAAUAGUUAUGCAACUGAACAAUAGUUAAAAUGCUGCUACUUUAUUCUCUUUCUUCUUCUUUUUAUUUUCAAAUAGCUGGGAGAGCAUGAGAGUCAGGACAACAUAAUUUUUAUGCAAAUUCAAGCCUAAAUCUCUGGCUUUGUAGACAAUAACAGUCAGAGCUGUGGUCUUGAUUUCAAUUGUAUUUUUAAUUUGAUGAAAAGGUUUAAAAAUGAACUAAAAUAAACACAAGAAACACAGUAAGUUUAAAAGAAAUAUCAAAGAUCAUGGAGGGAGAUUUUUGUGAUCUGACCUAGCUGAAAAAUCCCCUCGACUAUUGAGGUUCAGGGUAUAAAGUUCCCACAUCCAGCCUGAUUGCUACUGAUGUGUAUGAUAAGCUGUCCUGGAAACAUGUAACCCUCCUCUCCUUAGCCAUGAGCAGACUCUGAUUUUCAGUGGUGAAAACCACCACUCUUUAGACUUCAGUUUCAAAAGCUUAUUUUCCUUUUUUAAAAAAAUUAUUCAUAAAUGCAGCAUUCAACAUACUUUUAAGAGAAAUGAUGUUAAU